CUGACGACAUGGCUAAAAAUAACUUACAUAUAUCUAGGCCGGUCGCGGCCGCGAAAUAUCCACAGUCGUGCGCCGGCAGCCGAUGGCAGAUAAUCUAUUAAUUGUUUGUGUCAGGAGGUUAAGAUUUACAUUUUAUAGGGAAUACAUAAGAUUCAAUGUACAAUUUAAAUGUAAACGUGAACCCUAGCCCUACGGCUACAGGUCUUCUGGGUGUUACUAACAAUGAAGUAACACCCAGAACGCCAGAGAUUGUGAACUCUCUAAUUGCUAUGACAAACCCUUUCGAGGGUUUUGUUAAUGAGAAAAGCAGAGAUAGAACUGAUUCAACCAGUAGUGGAGGCGAGCCAAGUCCUCCUAGUGUUCAACACACCUGCAGUCAGCUUAUCAAAGAAGGACUGAAGCUGACUUUGCAAACUAAAAGACGAGCAAAUAAUAGCAGUGAUGAAAGUAAAAAGAAGACGAAAAAAGAAGAUGGAAGUGCUGAUGAUGAAGAAGAUGAAGAUUCUAGUAAUAAUAACAGUAGUGGACGUACUGGGUUGACACCAGAAGACGAGGAAAGACGUAGAAGAAGAAGAGAACGAAAUAAAAUUGCUGCCACUAAAUGUCGAUUAAAGAAACGAGAGAAGACAGUGAUUCUUGUCCAAGAAUCAGAAACACUAGAAUCACAAAAUCAUGACCUAAAAUCUCAGAUACAAGAGUUAGAAACCCAGAGGCGAAGAUUGGUGGACAUGCUGAGUGUUCAUACUCCAACGUGUAUUAAGCAAGGUAAUACCAAUGAAGCUUAUCAACCAUACACUGGAGAGUCGUUGCUUCUUCCAUACUCAGAUACCUAUUCUUCGCCAUCAUUGAAUCAGCCACAAGAUUGUAUUAGUUUAGACUAUCCAAUUAAAAUGGAAAAUUAUGAUACAGGUGUGCAAGAUUUUUAUAGACAAGACAGUGCAUUUGUGCCUACAUCUGAUGCAGGUUGUACAGUAUAGCCGGAAUAGUAUGUACCACUUGUAUUCAUCCUCUUCAUAGUUUUGACAUAAAACUUGUGUUAAUAAGACCUGUAAAGAAACUGCUUCUAUUUCAAAACACAAAUGUUCUUUCGACAAAAAAGACGUUAAGUUGAUUUGAUUAAUUGCAAAAAAAUGUAGACUAUGCAUUCCAUGAGAAAAAAUGUACCGAUAAAAAAUUAGAGAUAAUGGAAUUUCAUAAAGAAACUGGAAGAUUAAAUAUUAUCAAAGAUAAGCUGAUGUUGAAUAAAAAUAU